CAGCGGGACCAGCGCAGAGCUACAACAGCAGCAGCGAUGGCUAAAAGUGAUGGAUGCGAUUACUUUAAAAGAACCAGCCUGUUCUGGAUUGUUUUGGUGACUUUUGGUGUUGGGCAUUUUUCCUGCAUGGUGUUUAUACCGGAAAAAAUUCCCUUCCAGUACUUCGGCCCGUACGGCACCUUCUGCAAAUACCUGGUGGAUAAUCACGCUGACCUCCUGUACAAAGGGUGGUGGGCUGCCUUUGUCGUCCAUGUUUUUGAGGCCAUUGUUGCAUUGAGGGUGUGCAGAAACAAAGGGAUCACCAACACAACCACUCGCUGCCUGUGGGUUUUCCAGACCUUUCUAUUUGGCUUCGCCUCCCUCGGCCUGCUCCUCAAGUUUGACCCUGAGCGUCCCAAACAGCACUGACAGAUACCAAACAAGCCGACAGGACAACACUGAAGAUGCUGAAUCCAGAAAAUCAAUCGCUGCCCUCUCCAUCUUCCUCCUUGAACACCUUUCUUUAAAUCGGGGUGAGAGGACAAGCAGGAGAAGACACCUGAACCUUUCUGUAACAUGAAGUUUUGAAGUGAACACUACUUUUUUACUCACUAACUUUAUACUACCCCCUUCAUUCCUCUACAUGUGCCUCUCCAACUCAUUCCACAGAGUCUCUAACCAUUAAAAAUGUACAAUUGUACAUUUGUAUUUUCUUAAUGAAUAAUAUUUAAUUUUUUAAAGAUGAUAAUAAAACUGAAAUUAUCUUAGUGUCAGAUAUCUUUAAUGAUCCUGUGCUGAGCUGAGGAUUUAGUGCAAUAGAAGAGGACAUUUUUCUCAAACAGUUUUAUAUUCUCAUGAUGUUUACAGUCAGCCUGUUUGAUGACAGUACAGAUAUUUUAUCAGAUGCCAUUAAAAAUUAAAACACAUAGGAAGUUAAGGUGCAUACGGUACAAUCUUUUAGCCCUAUAAGUUUGCUGCUGUGUGCUUUAACAUAUUUACAUUUGCUGAAGUGCUGUGAGAUAAACAUUUUAAUACAGACUGGAAGGUUUUUUAAUGUUGAAGCUGAAAAAUAAAGUGUGACUUAACAAACUGCA